CAGUUAUGGAAACAUAUCAUGAGGCGGUCGCCACCUAAAUCGCAAUUAAAGCCGUUCGAGCGGCUUUCGCCCGGCAAGAUAUCGCGUUAGACCGCCUUUCAUGUCAGUCUUUGAGUAUCGCUGUUCGUCCUCAUGACCAAUCCAUCCAAUCCUUCUCAUCGUCUACUCUCCAGAAGAUCACCCGCUCACCCACAGCUGGCACCAACUUCUACCGCUAGACAUUCUCCAUCCGCAUCACUUCCACCGAGCAUCGGCACAUGGACCUAUACUCAUGCGACUCGUUCUGCAGAGGAUCUGAGAAGAUCUUUCAACGAUGAUGAACACGGUUCGCUGCUAGAACACCAAAGCGGAGAAGUGAACGAGGAAGAGGAAACUGUAGAGGUUCAUGAAACCUUCCAGCCUGGGUCCGCUCUGCCAGGUCGAGUCAAGGUCAUCGUUGGAAGGUAUCACUUCUGGUGUCACAAGGAAGUGCUCUGGUUUGCAAGUCCCUUUUUCCAAUGUCUGCUACAGGGGAGCUGGGCCGAAACCAGUCGAAAGACUCCACCAGGCUCGACCAUACCAUCACGGCGUGCUUCCAACGUCCAAUCACCCCCAGAUACCGACAGGCCCCACCUACCGCUUGUCAGGGAGCAUACUGAGGAGGCUGCUCAUGUUCAAUAUGUCAAAAGCUUGUCAAACGAGCCAGAAGACCCGACUACACCUAUCGAGUCUGGUUUUCACACUCCUGCCUUGGGCGAAAACGAAGACGAAGAUGCCAAAAAAGCUUCUAUAUACCUGGAUGCGGCAGAAGACAAUCCUUCCAUGACGGAGAUCUUGAGAGAGCUGCGUGAGAUACCUGAUCCAGCGAAUCGAAACUCGACGGCACAGCUAGAGCAUCCGAUCCGACCGUUAACCCCUCCGGGACAACAGACCGAGUCCAUCGUUACCGCUCGUAAGGCUCCCCGAAGCCCUCGAAAGAGAUCUCGGACUAGACAUUCCUUCUCCAGUGCCAGCAUACAUCGGCCCGCCCCGUUGACAGAUGAAGACACUUCCCAGAUUAGUGUGGAGGCCGUAGUCGAAUUACAUGAAGAAAGUGCCGCCGCCUUUCAAGACUUUCUCUUCUGGUGUUAUCCCCAUCUGGACUGCAAAGUCACCUGGACAAACGUCGAGGACCUUCUGGCCCUAUCUCUGAAGCUGCUAACCCCCGCAUUGCAAAAGCUAUGCGAGCGCUUUCUCAUGACUCAUGCUUCCGGACGACCUGUCAUGGCCCUCAUGCUCGCUGAAAUGCACAAUAACGGGGAGCUCUACAGGGAAGCGAGCCGUUUUGUCUUGGACCAGCCGACAUGGGCUCCGGAGGAGAUGGAUAUGUUGAGCGAGAUCACUCAACUCAAACUAUCCAAAAGACGUAAUUGGUUCCUUGAGCGCCUUCUCAAACUUGGCAGUAUCGAUGUGAAGAAGGAGUACACAUGUCGACCAGACUGUCCGGAUCCUGCUCGUUGUCAAGCUACACUGGAUGAAAAGUGGAGGCAAGCGCACAGUGCUGUCAGUCGCUAUGGUCCUCCUCAACCUUCGGUUGCAUUCAGAUGCCUGAGACAGCUCGAAGUGUUUCCUACCAAUCCUUCGUUGGUCAUGCCACAUCCUUCGUGUCAGAGUGCUGCCAAAUCAUGGGUGACUUCCCUCUUUGACAGAAUGUUCCAACCAAAGAUGGCGUUUGUGCCCCAUAACCCGGGCACUGAGAAGUACUGGCUGUGGAUAACGAUCACAUAA